GCAAAUCAUGCUGGUUGUCUGGGAGGAAAACAAAGCUUGAGACCCAAGAUGAAGGCAGAGACGGAGGCUCCCUUAAAAGCCAAACUAUUUUCCAAGAUUAUUUUGCUUAUUUUUGUAAUUUUCUUCAAUUCAGGUGGGGUGCUGGCAGUAAAUAUGACCAUCCCCAACACUCUCAUUAGAGGAACAGUAGGAGGGGAGGCCCUACUAUCCGUCCGCUACAACAGUUUCAGUCUCGACCUGCCGGUCAUCAAGUGGCAACUCAGAAGGGAAAAAUCUGUCACUGUUGUCCAGUCCAUUGGAACGGACAUCAUCGGGACCCUGAGGCCUGAGUAUCGUGACCGCAUCCUUGUGUUUGAGAACGGGACUCUGCUCCUCCACAACCUCCGACUCUUUGAUGACGGAACUUAUGAUGUGGAGAUCUCCAUCACAGAUGAUACCUUUACAGGAGAGGGCAGCAUCACUCUCACUGUGGAUGAGGCUAUAUCUAGGCCCUACAUCCACAUGGAGAGUUCUUCAGUACUGGAGCUCAGCCAAAACGUCAUCCUCAACUGCUCCCAUGACAAUGGAACCAGGACGACAUACAGGUGGUUCAAAGGGGGAAAGCCACUCUCCAAUGUGACGAGAUUCCUGUUAUCACCUGAUCAGAAGCUCUUGACCAUCACACGGGUGUUGAUGGCAGACGAUGACAUUUAUACCUGCGCAGUGGAGAAUCCUGUUGGCAAUAUGACCAGCCUGCCUCUACGGCUUACUGUCUACAGAAGAAGUUCCCUCUACAUCAUCCUGUCCACUGGCGGCAUCUUUGUUCUCAUCACCUUGGUAACAGUAUGUGCCUGUUGGACACCAUCCAAAAAGACAAAACCUCCACAAAGAAAGCCUCUCCCUAGGCUCUAUGAUCACUGUCAUCACUCACCAAUCAAGCAUGCAGAUGACCUAUUUCCAAAAAAUGCAGAGCACAAUGGAAUAAAUGCUGUAACUUCUCUCUACAUCCUGCAGCAAAAGGACCCCUCCAUGGAUGACUCAUCAAGCAACAGUAUUGGAUCACCUUCUGAACUUGAUAACCCGCCUUGCUACACCAGUUCCCCCAGCUACAACAGUUGUCUUAACCAGCCAACCAUAUCCCCUACCCACUCCUCAUACAAGUAUAUCUGAAAUCCCAGAUUCAAGUCUCCACAUUACUGCAAAUGAGAGAUCAGGUUGACAUACUGCCUACUGCUCUGACUCUGGAAACAUCUUUCUUUGUCUUCCCUGGUUUUAGAAAAGAUCCCAACCAUUUUCCAUGCAUGGUUUUAUAAUAAUGUAAUUUCAGUUCACUGACAUUUCAUCAAUGAAGUUAACUACAACAUAAAUGAAAAGCCAAAUCUGAGUAAUUGCAUGGAGUUUUUUCCAGAAGAAGAUGAGGGGUCAGUAAGAUUCAAGUGUAAAACUGCAGUGUGUUUAAGACAUGUUAUUUCUGAUGAACUUAAUUUUCCAUCAAAGUCAUUACAGAACAAGACUGGGUUUGUUGGGUAUGUUAUAUGUAGAAAGUCUAAAAUAGAAAAAAAAAAACAACCACGGAUAAAUUACUUUUAUAGUGUUGUGAUAGUAUGAUAUAUUGAUAUUGUUGUGAAUUAAAUUCAGAAGAAACUUUUAAAUAUUUUGUGAGCAAUUGUAAAUAACAGAUUUUUGUAUGGAUGACGUAAUUGCGUUUCAGUGAAGAAGCUAUGUUGCAGGAGGAACAAUUGUCUUUCAGGUUUUGUACAAUUGUAAUAAAAUGUGAAAUUUUAA